UGGGUGCCUCGGGGAUUUUAUUCUUUGCCCCCUACACAAAAGGCACACCCUAUAUUUGUAGGAUACUCAACCGUGAUUCCGGGGAUGGGUCUGUUUUCUGAAACCUACAGUACCAAGCAAGUCCUUUUAUUAUAGAAAGUCUUCAUCUUUCUCCCUCUCCAAUCAUACAAAGUCUACUGAUUUUAUUACUUUUUUCCAUUUUUAUCCUGACCAAAGCUUUAAUCUUUACUUCAAAUGUGGUCCUACAAAUAAAGGGUACCCUUUGUUUUGGUUAAUUAGUCAGUGUAUGUUGUUCUUGUUUUAGAAUUUUAGAGAGAGAAAAUUAUGGGAUCUGGUAAUGGGGUUUAUUCAGUUGGGGAUUUCGAUUUGGAUGCCAAGUGGCUGAUUGAUCCAAAACAUCUUUUGUUGGUCCGAGGAUUGGGGAAGGCGCACAUGCCAAAGUGUAUGAAGGAAAGUAGAUAUAAGAGUCAAAAUGUUGCUGUAAAAAAUGUUCAUAGAGGAGAAACCCCAGAGCAGAUUGCCAAGAGAGAAGCGCGGUUUGCGGGGGAAGUGGCAAUGAUGUCGAAAGUGCAGCACAAAAACUUAGUGAAGGGGCUUGAAAGAGUCGGAUGUGGACAGCUUUGUUGAUGAGGUCCUUGUGAAUCACAAACCAUGGGCUUCCGGAGUGCAAGAGGCGUUGACUGGCUCCCAUGUAAUGUAUGUGCACAUGGUGUCGAGAUAAUAGAUGUGGUG